UUUAGCCCUCGCUUCCGCACCGCCCCUUCAAGUUGUCCUCGACGGUGACACCUCUUUCCAGUUAGUAGUAGCGAGGACGGCCUUCAAUUCUUCGAUGCCCUUUUCGAUAUUUCCUACGGGUGUAGCCCCCUGGUGGUCAGCACAACACCAUGAUGCCCGAAGCACUGAAAGCGGGCGAUGGCCGAUACGGAAACGGUCCUGAUGGCCACUCUGUACCCGCUGUUGUACGCUCCGAGUCACUUUCAUGUCUCAGCGGAUGCAACCUACUGUACCGACGUCUUGAUGAUUUGCAGGCUCCCUGUGCGUCCGCGUGAGAUUGGCGGCACUGGACCCUAGCUCUUGUAAGGUCUCUUGGUCGGCGAGAGCUGUCAGCUCGUUCCAUUUCAGCAGCGUGAUAUCUCCAUCUCAGAUGGCCUCAUGCCCUCUAAAUCCUGCAACUCCGUACCGUGAUUGCUUUCUCCGACUUACUGGAGCUGUUUGGCAAUAGUCGGCACAUUCGAAGAAGGCGGUAUGAACGAUGGUCUUUGCUGAGCUCUACACUGCCGCUGGGGCUCGGCAGAGGAAAAUUCGUUAGGAAUCAAAAGUUCUACCGACAUCGUUCCGGCUCGACCCAGGGUCUUCUACAUGAGGGCCAGCAAGAGCUCCCUGGCCGAGAGUCUUCCUCGGGAUGCUCAUCGCGCCAUCACCUCUUGAGCUUGGGCGAGAUCUUGACGUACUGAUGCAAAUGCGUCCAUCUCGUUGAACACUUUUUCAGGGAUUUCGCAAGGUACAGAGCGUCAGACCUUCCAACCUGCUAUGGCGAUCGCUUUGUUGGACAGUUGGUGGGCAUUGCCUUCCUGCUUAGUAUCCGAUGAACUAUAUGCUCCAAACGAGCUGCUCGUCACAUCAGGUGGGCCGGGCUCCUUGAAAUCCUGAGGCCACAGAUCCGAGGUCUACCUGGUUUUAUCCAACGUCCGUGUUGCAACGACUGCAUGCUACUAAGUUGGUCUAGUGUCGAUGAUGCGAUGUCUCAAUGAGUGCUUCGGAGGCAGUCUACUGAGACCCUUGAUGCUUGAAGCUUCUUUGGUCCUUGUGGCAACAUCUCACAUCAGCAUAAUCGGCAAAGCUCCAUGCCCGAUAUUGUUCCAGUUGACUUGGAAACAUCUUCUACGGCCCCCAUUUUUUCAGUCCUCACGUUGGAGGCAUAAGCCGGUCCUACAGAAAGAUGACAUGUCGCAGUCAGAAAUGUCUGGAAGCGUGAUUGUGCGAGAGCUUCCGGUAACGUAUCAUCUGCCAUUCGCGCAGAAGACGUCAAAGCCUGUAGCCGGAAGCCCUGGAAUACUCAUAUGCAUACCCCGUCUCCAGCUCAGGUAAGAACGCGGCGAUGGUCCAGGCUUGGUAACAACUAUGGUGCAUAUCUCGAGCACCGAGGUGCAGCUCACAACCUUGAUUUGGAACAAUCCACGGCUCAUGAAAGGCUUUAAACCAUCUUUGCAGACGAGGCUUGUAUGGCACUCGGAUCUCAGAAGGCGGGGGCUCACAUACCAUCCCCACGAAUCCCACCUUUUCCCGCGCAGGGGCCGGCUGCAUUCCUCGCGCAAAGCGAGUAUCAUCCCCUCCCUAUCCGUACAUUAGGGAGCGAAAGAACACGCUGGACGAGCAGCUACGUCAUGAAAGUCUAACCUCCUCUACCCACUUGUUUUCGAUUAUCAUCUGCGACUCUCCCCUGCUGGGAACCAAUUUCCAUCUUGUGGGGAAAUCGAAACAUUCCAUGCCAUUGCCGCCUUGUCCUUUUUCCCCUAGCUAUAUCACGCGCCAUUUUUCCCUCUGGUUUCAAAGGAAGCCUCCAACGGUCCAAGGACGCUUUGCCGCCAAGUUGGACAUCAUAGGCCAAAUCUACCUUCUUUGUUCGUCCACACAAAGAAAUCUCGUACUGACUGAACAAACGCCCAACAAAGCAGAAGUGCAAAGACCGCACCUUAUUCACGUUAUAGCGGGUCUUUUCGAACAAAGCCUCGCCCGAAAAUGGGUUUGAAUAGGUGAUUGGUUCAUUUAUACAAAUGUUCCAGCUCAGAAUUGAACUGACUAUAGGCCAUACCGAAAUCAUCCCUCCCGGAACGGGAAUAUAUCCAUACCUGACAUUGAUCGCAUACCACCACCUUCAAUUCAUCCUAAUAAUAACUCACAACUUCAGAAGCAACAACAACAGCCAAACAUAUUCACUUCUGUCAACAUGAAGAUUUCCGCAGGCAUCCUCGUGUCGGUGCUUACCCUGACCUCCGCCGCGCCAUUCAACCCUGGCCACUCAGGAGCCGAUGACGGCGCCCCAUUCAAUGGCAUCAUUAACCCUCGCAACAGACCCCUGCAGCGUGUUGGCGCAGAGAUUCCAGCAGGCCAUGACGUCCCCCAAGCCCGAUUCCACGGGCAUGCCAAAGCCAUGAAGCGAGACCCUUUGGCUGAAGCAGAGGCAGAGGCAGACCCCUUCUAUCCUCUGAAGCCUGGCGCCCCAUCCGCCGGUAAACCACCUCACGGCGAUUUGAUGUCCAAGUUCGCCCACGGGUACGGCUUCGGACACGGUCCCGUCGUGAACCCGAACCCUCGGCCAAAAGUGAAAGUCGGUCGUCGCAACGCUGCUGGACCAGCAAACUGGUACGGCAGCCACAAUAGCGUGGGACCCAAGAAGGGCAAGCUCCCAUCUGCCGAGGAUCUGUGCGACAACCGUAAAAUGGUGUGUAAAAAGUUGAAGAACAAAUAUAACGCGCUGGAGUCUUUCCGCAACAACUGAAACAGGAUACGCCCAUCGCUGUUUGAUGCUGCAAUGGGUUUACCCACAAUCUUUUUUUUAAUUCGGUGAAAGACCCCUAUCGAGCGCCGCCUGUGCUUUGCUUCUGUACAUUGUCCCUCAAACGCCCUUGGUCCUGAACAUAUUUAUGUAUCUAUAAGAUGUAUAUGUAUCUGUUGUUUGUACUAUUUCCUUCUUCUGAAUCGUCAUGUACUUCAAUUCUACUGCUUGUCCCUCCAUACAUCUGCGUAUUCGGGAUAUGCCUAUUUUCAGGAAGAAUCCUGGCGACAUUUGAUAUUUUGGUGGCGGGUCUUAUACCCAAUUUCGUUCUAGUUAGCUAGAGACCAAAAAGAUGGAUCGCCUGCUGCUGAAGGUAUUUGACUACCAGACUGGACACUAGAACUCUAGCCAUACCGUUUUUGCCAUAAGGAUUCUGUUCUGGUUCUGAACCGGCGUUGGGGAACUGCAUGGACUAUAUCUUACCUUUAUCAGGGAGAGAAUUUCCGGGUAAGUGACUCGAAUCAAUACAAGAUUACCUCUUCUCUAGCCCACAUCUUUGAGCGGAUCGAGUUAGGAAGGAUGCAAGACAAGACACUGUCUAAACAAAUGAACAUUGAAAUUUUUGGCAUUUUGGGUCUCGCAACGCCGGAAGCUGACUGACAGCGAUCGGUCCCACCUUAUCUACCUGAGACAACUUGGUCCCCGUGCGAAGCAAAUGCCGAAGCUGAAGCUUAGCAGGACAAAGACUCCGAGCGCUAGAUGGGCAGGCAAAGGAGACAAAUGAAAAUCAAGGAGAGGGUAUAUAAACGCCAUGCCAUGGCUGUCACUGCAUGGAAUCAGAUCCUCUUUGCCUGCAUUGAAAAAACAAAAGCAAACCCAUUGCAUGGUUC